GACAGUGCUGUGAGAGCAUGUUUAUCUUGCUUGAAGCCUGUGCAGUCCCAUUCUCUCUGCUGCUCAUCUUUUUCUCUGGUUUCUCUGGAUAUAACGUAUGGGUUAGCUGUGUUCAUUUUGGGGAUUUGCCAUUUACCCCUGUGACAAGAGGAAAGUCAAGGGCGAAGGGAAGCGGAGGCGAGUGGAAACACACCUUUUGACCAGACAGAAGAAGUGGAAACUAUGCUGUCCAUUGUGUGAACUUCUUAGGUGCUCAAUUGAGGAAAUAUUGCUGUCCUUUUGAACAAAUCUGACAGUUAUGGAGAAGUUCCGCCUGUGAUUAGCUACACAUGAAACCUAUUUUCACACCUCAAGGAAAACAGCUGGAAUAUUUGUUCUUUGUGCUGAAUUGAAACACUGACCAGGAUCAUUAUCUUCAGAACUGGAUUUAGGCAUGCUGGACACCAACCAUUGCCUUCACAUUGAUGCAUCCUCUUUUGAGGAUCAACCAACGAUAACAGAUCGAGAUAAGCAGCCUGUGAGGCUGGACUAUGACAGACAUGCCUAUCAUAGCCUUAAAGAAGUCCUCCAGCUCAAACUACAACAGAGGAGGACGCGAGAGGAGCUUGUCAACCAAGGAAUCAUGCCGCCGCUGAAGAGUCCUGCAGCUUUUCACGAGCAGAGAAAAAGUCUGGAGAGGGCACGAACCGAGGAUUAUUUGAAGAGGAAGAUCAGGAGUCGUCCAGAGAGGUCAGAGCUGGUGAGGAUGCACAUUCUGGAGGAGACUUCAGCAGAGCCCUCUCUGCAGGCCAAGCAGCUGAAGUUGAAGAGGGCUCGACUAGCUGAUGACCUCAACGAUAAGAUCUCUCACCGGCCUGGCCCCAUUGAGCUCAUCCACAAAAACAUCCUGCCUGUGCCCACACUUAUAGGGUCUCCAAAAGGUGAGAAUUCCUCGUUGGAUGAGGACAGCAGUGAUGCCCUAUCACCUGAUCAGCCAGGCAGUCAGGACUCCCCACUAGGCCACGCCCCUCAGCACUCUCCCUCCGAUAUGCUCAAUCUAAACAGAAACCCCUCACCCACACAGUUCUUCACUCAGGCUCCAACAUCUCUGCUUAAUACCACUGACUCCUCCUCUUCACAAAACAUGACCAAUGGAACUCUGGUGACUGCAAGUGCCCGUCCUCCUACGGGACCUGCCAAACAGCCACAGUCAAAGUCUAGUUCUGAUCGGCCUACUCAGCGGUCUAAGAAACCCAAAGAGAACAAGCCUAAAGUGAAAAAGCUUAAAUAUCACCAGUACAUCCCCCCUGAUCAGAAGAAUGACCGUGAGCCGCCACCCCAGCUGGACUCAUCUUAUGCCAAGAUCCUCCACCAGCAGCAGCUCUUCCUCCAACUCCAGAUUAUCAGCCAACAACAGCAGCACUACAACUAUCACACUAUCCUGCCUGCUCCCCCCAAACUUCCUGCAGAGCAACAGCAGCAAAAGCCGCCUGCCAAUACUGGCCCUUCCCCUUCACGAUCAGUUUCCACACCCUCUGCUACACCAUCCACUCAAAAUGGGUCUAAUCGUCAGAACCAGCCACAAGCAGGAGGGGCAAAGCCAGGUGUAUUGCCUGCAAACUUGGAUGAAUUCAAAGUUGCUGAGCUUAAGCAGGAGCUGAAACUGAGGGGAUUGACAGUGUCUGGUACUAAGAAUGACCUAAUAGAAAGGCUGAAAAACUACCAGGAGCAGAAUGGUGGUGCAGGACCAUCAACAGGGACUGGAUCAGUGAAAACGUUCCCAGCUACACCUCAGCAAGUGGCAGCUCAGUCCUUUGUUUCAGCUCCGCAACAAUCCAAAGACGUCACUGAGAAAGUGGCAGCCUUUCCACUGAUUACAACUAAUGGAGUCCAUGCUGCAGCUCCGCCCCAAAUUAUGCGCUUCAGCAGCACUAGCUCCUCUCCCCCUGUGUCGCCAGCACCGUCCGACCGCUCAUUGGCUGGACUGAGUGCAGAUGAGACCAGCUGUAAUGGGGAUGUGUUUGGAGAAAUGGUGAGCUCACCUCUCACACAGCUUACUCUGCACCCAUCUCCUGAGCACCCCUCCCCAAUUAAAGAGGAGCCUCUGAGCCAGCUGCAGUCUUCAUGCUGCCUGUCGUGUCCCACCCCUGUCCCACCUCCGCUUCCUCAGUCUCAGGAGCUUUCACUGGCUCCACCAGCGGGACCCGCAUUGCUUGGUCUGGACAAAGACCAAAUGCUGCAGGAGAAGGACAAACGAAUUGAGGAGCUGACACGCAUGCUGAGGCAGAAACAGCAGCUGGUGGAGACACUGCGCUCUCAGCUAGAGCAGGGCAAGCGCGGACCAGCCACUGAGGGCACGGACAGUUCAAUGAAGACAGAAAGAGCAGCUCUGCCCAACGGAGAGACUGUGAAAGUGAAGGAAGAGGCAAAGGAGGACAUGGAGAUGUCAACAGAGCCUCAACUGCAGACACAGCCACAGAGGAAGACACAAACUCAGUGCUCUCAGCAGACGCUGCUGAAACUGCAGCAGAUCCACCGGCUGCAGCUGCAGCAACAACAGCAGCAGCAAAUACAAUUAGAGCAGACAAAACUGCAGCAGCAGCCCAAGUCACAGUUGGUACAACAACAGAGGCUUCAACAGCUAAUUAUCCAACAGAACCAGCAGAAGCAGCUGCUGGCCAAUCAGAAGAAGCAACAAAGGCCACAAAAACAACAGCAGCACAAAGAGCGACCGUUACAGACACAACAGAUCUCACAAGUGUUUAUCAACCAACAGACUGGCACUCAGGUGACCACAUCUUUUCCACUGGAUCUUCUGAAAGCUCACCCAACACCCACUCUUGUCACAGAUGGUAAUGGCAACCACUACCUGAUUGCCCUUGCCAAUAACAGUGUGGAUAGCCUGAAUGGUGAAUCUUCUCUAAACAAAACCAAUGGGCGCAUCACCCUACAGAGAUUGCAGUCCACCCCUGUUAAGCUACCCAGCCAGUCGACUCAUGAAGUGGCUAAUUCUGUAAACCAGCCCCAGCAGCCCCAGAAAGCUGCUCCUGCCAAACAGCCCAGCCCAAAAGUGCAGAAGGCAGCACUGCAUUUGGAGACUCCCGUUGUACAACAGUCAAGUCAUCCGGUGUCUGCCCCACCUAAUCUCCAGCCUUUUUUCCUCAGCGAGGUGCCCAGCCCUGUCACUCAGCCCAACUCACCCCCUUCACUCAAGGGAGAAGUGUGCCCAACCUUUGACCGGCACACUUUGUUUACCCCUCCUUCUCCAAAACCAGCAUGCCACUCCCUUCAUCGUCUCAAAGAGAACGGUUCCAGCAAUCAGCACAUAGAUGACUUGUUUGACAUUCUCGUUAAAAGUGGAGAAAUUUCAGCUGGAUUCAAGGCAAAUCCAGACCCUUCCCUCUCUGACCUGCACUCCAAUCCUCCUACUCCCUCCCCUCCCUCCUCCCCACUGCACCUCUCACCUCCGACCCCUCCCUCUGACCCUGCCCCUCCCUCUGACACUCACGAGCGGCCCUGCUCAGGAACAGGUCGUCUGGAAGACUUCCUAGAGAGCACAACUGGGACGCCAUUGCUCGGGGUGGAGCUUGACGGUCCUCUAACACUGAUCGAUGAUCUCCACAACCAAAUGCUGAGCACUCCCAGCAUUCUGGAUCAUCCCCCUUCCCCAAUGGACACCGGCGACCUGAGCUUCUCCUCCCAUCCCACCAGCCUGGACUUUGAAGACCCUGCCCUAGAUGGCAUGGAUUGGCUGGACAUAUCCAUGGGCGGAAGCAGCACUGGAGGGGGAACGGUUCUAGCUCCUCUGGGCUCACACACACCCCCCAGUGUGUUUUCCGCAGACUUUUUGGACAGUUCAGACCUGCAGAUACACUGGGACUCCUGUUUGUAGCUAUGGUCUUAAACUGCUCAGCAGAUACAUACAACAUAUGACUUAGCACCUUCAUCCUUAUUCUGUGUACAGGCUUUUACACAUGAACACUUCAAACCUAUAUGCUGUUUGUAAUGCUGAAAAAAAAUUUCCUCAUGUUCUACCAGAAUAAUGUAUGGUUUCUGAGCAGUUCUGUUGUUUAAUAGGUCUAUUGAAGCACUGAGUAUUAUCCCCCACACCCUCAACCAUACAUAAACAUAUUACAGUACAUUGUGCUUAUGUGUUUGCCAACAGAGAGACCAAUCUAUACUCCUUCCAAGUUUCUCCCUCCUUUAGGACGAUAUGUAUCCAUGACAAACCGGUUCAUUUACAUCCAGAUUGUUCUGUUUGUAUGCCUACAUAUCAGGCAGGGAAUUUUCAUUUCUCAAUCUUAAAGGGCCCAUAUCAUGAAGCGUCCUCAUGAUUCGUCCAUUCGUGGUGAAGGUGUAAAUAGUGUUUCAGCUUGGGGUAGUUUUUGAAUGAGAUGCAAUACAGAGCAGUCAGUCAGAACUGCUUAGAGAUUGUUAAUAUAUCAUUGCAGUUGGAACAAAACCUUGGAUUUUCAAAAUGGUCACUGUACCAGAGAACAAAAAAGAAUUAUUAUUGUAAAAGUUAAUAUAAAAAUAUUUUUUCCAAGUAAUUUUGGACCAUUUUUGUUGGUCUGUUCAUCAUGAAAUUUUACCACAAUUCUAAGCGGUUCUAAGGGGUUUCAAAUUAUGCAGAAAAGUUAAAAAAAAAAACCUACAAAAAUAUAGGUACAUGGUUUAUUGCACAGCAAUGACAAUAUAGCAGUCCAGGCACAGUAACAAAAACAACUUGUUUAAUUCAAAGACGCAUCAAAAAUGGUCAUGUGAAAAUGAAUUACAUCUGCUUCCAGUACAUAAAAACCACACAAAUAUUACAAGAGGACUUCAGGGAAUAAAAAUUUAAUACAAGAAAAAUGUAGGACAUGGGUCCUUUAAGCUUGUACAUCUGGUUGGAUGGUCAUGGUCCACAAUAAGUAGUGUUUGACUCCUGGCCAUCUCACUGUCAGGAGUUUAUUAUCCAAAAAUGAUCCAUAUUUUUUCUAGCUUUCAGUGUUCAACUUAUUUGGGUUAUUUCUCCCAUGCCACAUUGCUGUCACUCCACCAUAUUGCUUAUUCUGCUGGCACUGAUGGAGUUUGGGCACACGCUGAUGGGAGGAGGGAUUUAGGGGAGAGAGAGAAGGAGAGGUAGACAUGGUCCUCUCCUAAUCUCUGAGUUUGGCUUUGGAGUGACUUCCAACAUGCCAGUGCUUCCAACUUUGCACUUAAGAUUGACUAAGACCUUGUGACCUAAGAAGUCUUGUGGUCUUAAGGAAACCUCCCAAUCAAAUAAACUCUGCUGGGAACUGGGUUUGGUGAUGUUCACCAGAUCUCUAUGCAUUGCUGUAUUUGAGGUACAUAUUAUUGACUAAAGCCUUCUUCUUCUCUGAUUGUAUAGAUGAGCAGGUGGAGGUCAGGGCUGGGGUUCCGGUUUCAGAGUAUUUGGAAAUUGUUAUUUUUUAAAAAAGAAAAAUAAAAAAUGCAAGGAAAAAAUUUGGA